GCGAUAGGUUAGGCCAGGCUCUCCGGAAGUGACUCCCCGGAAGGAGCAUGUCCGCUCUCCUGGUCCUGCCUGAACGCGGCGUGCUGACCCGCCGGCACCAUGCAGUCGGACGAUGUUAUCUGGAAUACACUAGGAAACAGGCAAUUUUGCUCUUUCAAAAUAAGAACCAAGACUCAGGGCUUCUGCAGGAAUGAGUACAGUCUGACAGGGCUGUGCAAUCGGUCUUCGUGUCCUCUGGCAAACAGUCAGUAUGCCACCAUUAAAGAAGAGAAAGGACAGUGCUACCUGUAUAUGAAAGUUAUAGAGCGAGCAGCUUUCCCUCGGCGUCUCUGGGAACGGGUCCGACUUAGUAAAAACUAUGAGAAAGCACUGGAACAGAUAGAUGAAAAUUUAAUUUAUUGGCCUCGCUUCAUCCGACACAAAUGCAAGCAGAGGUUUACCAAGAUAACCCAGUACCUGAUUCGAAUUAGAAAACUUACCCUGAAGCGACGGAAGAAACUUGUUCCUUUGAGUAAGAAGGUUGAACGAAGGGAAAAAAGAAGAGAGGAAAAAGCAUUAAUAGCUGCCCAGCUGGACAAUGCCAUUGAGAAGGAAUUACUGGAAAGACUGAAACAAGAUACGUAUGGCGACAUCUACAACUUCCCCAUCCAUGCCUUCGACAAGGCCCUAGAGAAACAGGAAGCAGAGAGUGACUCUGAAGAUGAAGAAAUGGAUGAUGAGGAAGAUGAAGAGGAUGUGGGAAAAAGAGAGUUUGUAGAAGAUGAUGAGGUAGAUGAGAGUGACCUGAGUGAUUUUGAGGAUAUGGAUAAACUGGAUGCUGGCAGCGAUGAACAGGAUGAUGAAUCCUCCAGUGAAGAAGAAGAAGAAAAGGCCCUUAAGGCCAGACACAAAGGCAAAGCACCCUUGAAAGGACCUUUGCGGAAAAAACGGGCCUAUGUGGAAAUAGAGUAUGAGCAGGAGACAGAGCCCAUGACUAAAGCCAAAACCACAUGAGUUCCCUUCAUCUUUUAUCCUGGAAAGUCAACACUUCCAACUGUGUUCUUUUGUGCUGUUUCAUACUGUAUUUAUAUUGUUAAUAUUUAUGUCACUUCAGUGGAGCAAAAAAUCUGGAGUGAAUGGAGAAAAGCCUUAUAUUGUAAAGAGUAUUUUUAUAACAUGUGCUGUAACAGCUUGAGCCUGAGGAGCCUAACAGAUGAGUUCCUGGAGCUAGAAUGGCAUUGUGGUUGUAAAUAUUCCUAAAUUACAAGUGCUAAUUCUCCCCUCCCAGUUUUUACUUAGAAAUGUGUUUCUUCAUCCUUUUUGUUUUUUUGAGACAGGGUUUCUCUGUGUAGCCUGGGCUGUCCUCGAACUCUCUCUUGUAGACCAGGCUGGCCUCAAACUCAGGCUGAACUCGAACUAGCCUCUGCAUCCUGAGUGCUGGGAUUAAAGGCAUGUGCCACAAG